AUCAGCUGCUGAGGAAGGCGGGGCUUCGCGAAAUGCGGCUGGGAAAGAAAUUUACGCUGGCUAGGUUAAUGUUAGCUAGGUGACACUAAUGGCUGCUGUCUCUGUUGGAUAAUUUUUCCUGUUGUAAACUCGACAUGGGCAAGAGAGACAAUCGAGUGGCUUACAUCAACCCCAUCGCUGCUGCACGAGCCAGAGGACCAGCAUCAAAUUCUGGACCGACCAUACAGGAUUAUUUAAGCAGACCUCGACCAACAUGGGAGGAGUUAAAGGAGCAGCUGGAGAAGAAGAAGAAGGGUUCUCGAGCCCUGGCUGACUUUGAGGACAAAAUGAACGAUAAAUGGAGGAAAGAACUGGCAAAAAACCGAGAGAAGCUGUUGGGUGGAAGUGACAAAGACAAAGAGAAAGACAAAAAGACAACCGACAAGGAAAAAGAGGAGAAGAAAGAGAAAAAGGAGAAAAAAAAGAAAGAGAAGAAGAAAUCCAACAGGCAUUCUUCAUCUUCCUCCUCCUCAUCGAGUUCUGAUUCCUCCAGCAGCUCCUCCUCAGAUUCUGAAGACGAAGAUGAAAAGAAGAGUGUGAAGAAAAAACGGAAGCGAAAGAAGUCGUUGGCCAGGAGAGCAUCGGACAGCUCAGAGGAGGAAUCUGACGCCGAGAGCAAGAAGAAAAAGAAAAGAAUGAAGGAAGAAGGGGACAAAGAUAAGGAUGAACGGAGCCGUAAAAGAAGAAAGAAGGCAGAGCGAAGUUAUAAAGACUCAUCUUCAGAGUACUCUGUGGACUCUGAGGGGGAGGAGAUGGCUGAAGCCAAGAAGAAAAAGAGAAGUAGUGAGGAAAAGGAGAAAAUCACAGACAAAUCCAAGAAGAAGAGGAAAAAGAAGCACAAGAAACAUGGCAGGAGAAAGAAAAAGAAGGCGGCGUCUCAGUCGGACUCGGAGCUCGACUAGCCGAGGCUGCGCUCUCUCCCAACAGUCAACUAGUAGUGUUAUUUUUGCCGUUGGCGUCUAAACAAACUUCUCCCAUCCAGCUCUGGUCAUCACGCUUGAAAAAGAGACCUACAGACUUGUAAUGCUGGGAUUGUUUCGAGUGAAGUGAAAUCGAGGGAGGCAGCCAUCCCUCUCAGUGGCAACUACUGGUACAUAUCUUCUGUUGAUUUUUAUCACCAAGCCUUUUGUAGAUCUGUUUCCCUCCACCACAGGACUGAAGUCAGUUGCAUUUUUUUCCCCACAUCUUGGAUAUUUAAGUGUGAGUGGCACUAGCCCACACCUGCAGUAUGCUGGCCCUCUCGGAGACGCUGUCUCCGCUUCAAACCCGACAUCUUGCAUUUCUAGUUGCUCGGUGAGGCUGGUAAUGCUAGUGCCUGUGCCAUGCAUGUAGACUGAAGACAUGAUGUCUCACCAGCCUCAUAUUGAAGUUGGACUUACGUGAAGAAAUGUGAGCUGCACAGUCAACAUUUAUACAAGGAAUAUUGUCCUGCUCUGAAUCGUUACACUGCAGUGUAAAUGUAUAAACAAUGGGAAUUCAUUAAUAAAGUAUUGUUUUAGCCUUUACUGCUGCUCCUCA